GCUCGGAAGUAGUGACAAGAGCUACCCCACAUUCCUUAUCCGAACGGACCGAACACCCAAAGGCGCCAUUGUUGAUCUUGCGCUGGCUCUGAACUGAACAUGACCUCUUUUCGGACAUAGACUCUCUCUCUCUCUCUCUCUCUAGAAUACAAGAUGUUGUCCAUGACCAUGCACUCUUCUGGCAUUAAUGUUGCUUUCCGGUCCUCUUCAAUGCCUUUCAGGCCUCUCAAACCCACCAUUUUCGCGAAGCCCGAAGCCUUAUCGCUGCAUCCAUCUUCAAUUCUUGAGCUCAGAAGCAAGCCCAGUUGCAGAAAUCAAAGACCCUUCACUGCUUAUGCAGCCCCAGAAGCAGUAACAGCAGAAACCCCAACAGAGGACCCAACUCCUCCAGCCUCACAUGACCCCAACCCCAUUCCUUCCCCAGAAAAACAGAAAGCAAAGGUGAAGGUGAAGGCAGUGGAGAAGCCAAGGUUGCUGUUGAAGUUCAUUUGGAUGGAAAAGAACAUAGGUCUGGCACUGGAUCAGCUGAUACCGGGACAUGGCACCAUUCCCUUGAGCCCAUACUUCUUUUGGCCAAGGAAGGAUGCUUGGGAAGAGCUCAAAGCCACUCUGGGGAGUAAACCAUGGAUAUCCCAGAAGCAAAUGAUCAUACUCCUUAACCAGGCCACUGAUAUCAUUAAUUUGUGGCAGCAGAGUGGGGGCAAUCUUUCCUCAACAUGACAAUUUUUGUACAUGGUAGUUUUUAGUUAUUGAGAUUUGUUGUAUUUCUCAAUUAGUUCUUCUAAAUCCUAUAAAAUUGUGGUUCAAACUUUUU